AUGGUUGAACUUCGCAAGCGCAAGGUCUCUGAACAGCCUCCCGCGGUAGAGAAAAGGGUCAAGAAAACCGCCACCACUGCCAAAGCAUCGACUGGAGCAAGUGGGAAGGGACGAUCCAUCUCGGCGACUUCUCCGGCGUCCAUCCAUAAGGUCGGAGACAGGGUCGCGUUGGAUGACUUUGGCGGACAAGUUGAGACCAACGAUGGAAAACAGACCUCAUUGAAGGAAUUGGUCGACAGCAGCCAAAGUGGAGUGGUCCUGUUUACAUAUCCAAAAGCCUCUACUCCAGGUUGUACGAAGCAAGCAUGCAUGUUCCGCGACAGCUAUGACCACUUAACGUCCACUGGACUGUCAAUCUAUGGGCUGUCGGCGGAUUCACCAAAGGCGAAUAGCACAUUCAAAACCAAACAAAAGCUCCCUUAUCCUCUCCUCUGUGAUCCUACAUUUGGUCUUAUCGCAGCGCUGGGACUCAAGAAGUCACCCAAAGGUACAAUCAGGGGUGUGUUCGCUAUCAACAAGAGUGGUGAGGUUCUGCUGUCUCACAAGGGAGGACCAGACGCGACUGUAGAGGCUACUCGACAGUUGGUCGCUAAGUGA